GCCCAGUACCCAACCAACCCAAAUAAUGGUGUAAAAUGUGGAGUGGAUCCGGUGGGUCGGUCGGUGGUAUAGCUUUUGUGGAUUUUCUUUCUCACCCAGGGAAGAAAACGUUCUCUUACUUUCUUUCUCCUACAAAAUACUGCACAAAGGAUGGGAUGGUUGGUCGUCACACUGGGAAAAGUUGUUGUCUUGUUGCCAUUCUGUGGAGGAGCGGAUGGCUAAAAAGUAGAUAUUUGUAUGAGCCAUGCAAUAUCCUCCUCGCCAUUGUGUGACGACGAUGGAUGAUGAAUUUUAUUCUAUCCCAGUCCAGUUCAGAUAUUAUUCUCUGGACGAUACACGUUCUUCCGUCGACUUUUGCUUUCUCCGAUUGAAACACUUUUAAUUCCCUGGUUUCUUUCUACCCAUUUCAUUUCAUGACCUCAAUCUGUCCCUUGCACAUUACUCUCAAAUCCUUCUGCCGUGCGUCCUUCUGCGGAAAAGAUUAUUUGCACACAGCAGGUAGCUUAGCUAGUUUGGUUUAGUUGGUCGGCUUAUAGUUUGCUGGAUGGAUGGAUGGAUCGCAAUUCUCAAGGUAUGCAUGCAUGUCCAUCGGACAGAAGAGAAGCUUUCACUUCACUUUCACUUGCAACAUCUAUUUCCACUCGGGCCUUGGCAGGCAGGCAGGACAGGACAGGAGGCACGAAUGUGUGUGUACUUUGCUUAAUUCCAUCCAAUACAGUAAACCCUAUGCACAUACCAGAAUCCAUCCCGGGAUAGACACGUACAUGGAAAGAGAGAGAACGAAAAUAAAUAAAAUGAACAAUAGGACGGAAAAUCUGACUCAAAUCCGACACAUUUUCCUCUCUCAUGUACUACGUGGGAUGACGCUGCUGCUUUCACCUCUGACGCGGUGGCGUUGUUCUUCUCUAUUCCAUGAAAUCUAAAUCUAUUUAUUCAUGACUAACCCAUCAUAAUCCUAUUCACAAUAUUUCAUAGCCUGCUUUCCUUCCUCCAUCCUCGGAGCUGGCUGGCGUGAUGUCCUUCCAUCCGAAUUAGAGCAAUUAUCAACUUUCUCCACUUUCUCCGUUCUCUCUCCAAUCUCAAAUUUUCCCUGCCUGCCUAUACUUCUUCUCUCACUCUUUUCCCAUUACAUGCACUGGGUGGUGGUUUGGUUUGGCUGGCAACUUAUUCUCUCUCUCAUCUCUCUCGGCCGCUAAAGCCUGAACGCAUCUCUCUCUCACCAAAAAGUUAUAAAAGUCUCCUCCUUUAGAAAUCUACGAGCAGCAGGAGCAGUGUCGAACGAAGGAAAAUACACAGAUAGGCGAUGGUAGUAGGUAAUAAUAUCCAUUAAAAGAGAGAGACAAGAUACAAGACGAGCAGUGUUUUGUUGUCUUGCAACCCUUUUUCGUGUGCUGCUGUGCAUUCCUUUUUUAAUGAGACGACAAAUCUAAUGUACAUACGAGAGGAACGCGUAACCUAUCUCAACUACUAAUCUCUCAAGGCUGCGUAGGACGAGGGCCCUUCUUUUCUUCUAUACUUACUAGCACUGAUCGUCACCACUACUUAAUAAGUAACACCACCAAAAAAAAACAUAACCCGCUCUAUACUACUAAGCUUUUGGUUUAUGUACUGUACACUUGUUACGCAAUCCUCCCACAAAUAAUUUACAGUGCAAAUUACUUACAUUCACACACACUAUUACCUUCUUGGCAGAGGUUACAUAAACGCCACGCGACUGUGUGUGUGUAUUAUUAAAGUAAACUAAGGAGGAGAGAAAGGCCUUUAGUUUUAUUAGACGGGAAGUCAAAAGAGCAUCUAAAUUAUGAGAAGGUUUUAAUAAAAUCGUGUGGAAAUGACAAACAGCGAUAAAGUUUUACACAUCUUACACGUUUUACAAAUCUCAAUUUGAUUACCAACCACACAUCUCAAUUCAAAUAUUAAACAGCAGCAAGAAUACUAAAUUUUUGUAACCCAACUUUCUUCUGAGAAUCUGUCAAGUACAAAAAUAAUUUAGAUUUUCCACGACUUUGUCACAUUUAACGGUUUCAAGCUGAAUACCUCCACGAGAAUGGGCGAAUCUCCGAUAUUCUCAUGCAAGGCUCACGUCUUUCACAUUGACCCCGUGAGCAAAAAGUCAUGGAUCCCCGCAUCCACGGGUGCUGUUCCAGUCUCCUUCUUUUACGACUCGUCGCGAGGACUGUACCGCAUCAUCAGUGUCGAAGGGACCAAGGCCGUCAUCAACAGCACCGUCACACCCAGCAUGAGUUUCACUAAAACCUCUCAGAAAUUCGGGCAGUGGUCGGACGUUCGAGCAAAUACCGUUUACGGGCUCGGAUUCCUCUCCGAGGCGGAAUUAAAUCAAUUUAUCGAGCAAUUCCAAGAAGUGAAGGAGGCGACGAGAAGUUCAGCCAAAUCUGGGUCCGUCACAAACGGUCGAGGUCAACCGCAGGACGUUAGUGGGCCUACGAUUCCUCCUCCCACGAUGAUGACGGGAACGUCCCCUUACUCCGCGAGGCACGGCGUAUCUCCCGGCGGUGGAGGACAGGACGAGGACCAUCGAAACUCGAACGAGGCCAAUGCCAACAACUCCACCCUGCUGAAAGGAGUUGCACAUCAAAGGAGUCAAAGUUUGACGGCGGUUGCCCCCGGUGGUGGCGGAGGCAAUGCUACGACGGAGAGUCCGAAACAUGGCGUCACUGCGGGAGGAGGAGGAAAACCCGACUUGAUAGGACAGUCGCCAGAAACUCAGCUAAAAUAUGAGAACGAACGACUCCGCCUCGCUCUCGCGCAGAGUUCUGCCAACGCUAAAAAGUGGGAAAUUGAACUCUCCACGUUGAAGAACAACAACUCCCGACUGACCGCGGCCCUUCAGGAGAGCACGGCGAACGUGGAGGAGUGGAAAAAGCAGUUGCAGGCGUACAAAGAAGAGAACCAGAGGAUGAAACAACGCGUCCUUGAGGCAGAAGCGGCCCGUGGAAAUGCCGACGCUGCGGCCGAACUGCGCAAAGAGAUUGGACUCAUGCGGGAAAAGGUGGACUACUUGUCAGCACAGGUCAAAACCAAGGAGGAGGAAGUCAGAGUUCUCAAAGAGAAAAAUGGAGCCAGUGAUGCGAAGGAAGGGGAAAAUCUGAGAACAACCCUACAACAAGUUCAGGCCCAACUGGAGGCUGCACUUAGUGCCCAAGAUUCGCAGCGCAGAGUCCUCGAAGCACUAAAUACUCAAUUAGCGGACAAAAUCCAAGAGUUAGCCGGUAUUCAUGGCGAAAUUAAUACGGCACUGCACUCAUGAGAAGGGUCGUCGUCCCACGUGACUGUUUUUGUAGUGAACUUGUAGAAGAAAGUAUACAUGUGAAAGUAUUAUUAUGAGACGAUUCGGACCGAAAGGUGGGGUGACGACGAAUUAAUUAACUGAAUUGUCCCGUUAAGAAGCAUUCCGAGUGCAUGCAGUUUUUGUCCUCCAAAUAAUGAUCCCGCCUCAAUUGAAAUAGAAUUGUACAACCAAAACCGACGCGAGUUAUUAAUCAGCCAAAAAGUUAAUUUAAUUAUCUUCUGAUGCUGCUUGCUACCAUUACAUACAAAUUUUUGCUUGUUUAGUUACCAUCAAACGCUUUUUGUGCCAAUGAUUCCUUGUACAACUUUUCUUUCCUCGAGUUUUCUACGUAUGGAUCAACCUAGUUAUGAGAAUAACCAACCACAAUCACAAUAGUGCAGUGUUACAUAGCCAGCAUUUUAAUUAAUUAAUUAAUUAAUCAAUUGCCACCUAUAAGUACCCUUUAGAAUUUAGUAUCCGACUAAAUAUCACGUGUGCAAUUCCAACCACAAUUAUUUCGCUAAUAUCUACAUGCAAUACAUGUAUCAGUAAAAAUGACAAUUACUUACUUCCGUACGCGACAUUAUGUAUUAGUAGUAUACAGCGCAAUUAAUAACUUGUUGGUAUUACUAGUUCUAUCAAUCGCUAAUAAUUAAUUGACUUGUAAUCUCAUCGCUUGAUAAUCUGAAGACUAUUUAGUAGUGCCACUUACUUAUUACGUAUUUACACCACUAGAAAAUUAUUACGAUAUUCAUAAAUGAAUGACAAAGACUUUGAGAAACGCAGGCCAGGUCAGUGUUUGUAGCGGAUUUUGUAAUAAGUACGUGUGUAUUCCUCAGACAGCUAAUUAAUUACUUAAUUAUCUGCUAAAUGCUAAUUCUACUAUUUAUUACCAAUUGUGGUUAUUAUGUGGUUGUGCAAAUUUAUUGGUCAGAUAUUAUUAUUAAGGAAAAAGUGAGACGACGAUGACUACGACGACGACUCUGCUACAUAAAGACUAAUUAAUUCCUGUCUACGGUUACAUAUUUCUAAUAAAAAAUAUAAUACUGUUCGACACAAAGUAACGUAAAAUGUUCCAGAAAAACGUAUUCCAAUCCAGAUCUGAAUUGUUCUUGUAUCAAUUUUCUAUUAAUUUUUUACAACAAUAAUGAA